AUGCAACAUCUCGUUGAAGCAUUAGAAAACAACAAGUCACUUCUUCGACUGAGUCUACUAUAUACUCCGAUUGGCGAACGUGGCUUAGAAUAUCUAGCAAAUGCAUUAAAAAUUAAUAAAACACUAACAGAAUUGGAACUAUCUCACAAUGGACUGGGCGGUGGUGGCGGACAACAUAUCGGGAAUAUAUUGCGAUACAAUAACACACUAAUAGAAUUAAGUUCUACAAAUAAUCCCAUUCAUCCCAAUGGAGUCAAAUAUAUAGCUGAUGGAUUAGCAGUGAAUAAUACAUUAGUAACACUUCAUUUGGGAUAUAAUAAAAUUGAUUGUCAAGGUGUAAUUUGUUUAGUCAAAGCACUAGAGAAGAAUCAUUCUCUGACUAGUUUGAAUCUUUUUUCAAGCCACAUCCAAAAUGAAGGAAUGCAAUAUUUAUCAGAUACAUUAAAACAUAAUCAAACACUUACUACAUUAAUUAUCCCGGGUACUGGAAUUGAUGCUGAUGGCGCACAAUAUGUUGCUGAUGCUUUACAAAAUAAUAAUACACUUACGAUGCUGAAUUUAUCUAGUAAUCCAAUCAGAAAUCAAGGAGUGCAGUAUUUAGCUAAAGCACUGGAAAAUAAUACUACACUAACAACAUUGUAUAUCAAUGCAAUAUCGAUGAGUGUUGAAGGAGUAAAUGCACUUACGAGUGGUUUACGAAAUAAUCGAGGACUGAAGAUACUCAAUCUUGAAAAAUCUGGUAUGGAAAGCGAUGGUGUACAAUAUCUAUGCAAUGCAUUACAAUAUAAUCAUACACUUACCACUCUCAAUAUUGGUGUUAAUAGAUUUGGUCCUGAUCCAAUGCAAAAUUUAGCUAAUGCAUUAAUAUAUAACAAAACACUCACCACCAUUUCUCUUGUUCUCAAUUGGAUUGGUCCCACGGGAGCACAAUAUUUAGCUAAAGCCCUAGAAACUAAUAGUACAUUAACGACACUAAUACUUACUCUGAACGGAAUCGGUGUUGAAGGAGCUAAGCAUAUAGCUAAUACAUUAGUGCAUAAUAAGAGUUUAACAACGUUAGAUCUUGCAUCGAACAAGAUCGGAACAGAAGGAACUCGAUAUAUAGCUAAUGCAUUAUUGAAUAACAAGACACUGAAGACAUUAUCAUUUGGAAACAACGACAUUGGUUUAGAAGGAGCUAAAUGUUUAGUGAAUGCAUUACUUAGCAACGAAACACUUGCAAUGUUGAAAUUUUCAGAACGAGAUGCUUCUGCAGAUGGUUCCCAAUAUUUAGAUGACAUGUCACUCUAUUUAACCGCAAAUGUGACAUGGAGUAAAUAA